UUACAUGUUUUUAUUCUCUGAAGUGGAUACAUUAUAGCCACCAGGUGUGAGCUGUGUUGACUACCAUUACUUCUUCCUCUGUUCUCAAUUAUGUCUGGGAAGUUGGCUCUGCAGAUCCCCAGAGGCCUUUGCACAGCAGCUGUGACAGUGAUGCUGGUGGUGCUUACCACUCUAGUGGCUGAAGGCAGAGACUCCCCACAGGAUUUCGUGUACCAGUUUAAGGGGCUCUGCUACUUCAGCAACGGGACGGAGCAGGUGCGGCUCGUGGCCAGAUACGUCUACAACCGGGAGGAGUACGUGCGCUUCGACAGCGACGUGCGGGAGUUCCGGGCGGUGACGGAGCUGGGGCGGCCGAGCGCCGAGUACUGGAACGGGCAGAAGGACUUCCUGGAGGAGACGCGGGCCGCGGUGGACACGGUGUGCAGACACAACUACGAGGUGGAGGCCCCCUUCACCUGGCAGCGCCGAGUGGAGCCUACAGUGACCAUCUCCCCAUCCAGGACAGAGGCUCUAAACCACCACAACCUGCUGGUCUGCUCGGUGACAGACUUCUAUCCAGCCCAGAUCAAAGUUCGGUGGUUCCGGAAUGACCAGGAGGAGACAGCUGGCGUUGUGUCCACCCCCCUUAUUAGGAACGGGGACUGGACCUUCCAGAUCCUCGUGAUGUUGGAAAUGACUCCCCAGCGAGGAGAUGUCUACACCUGUCACGUGGAGCACCCCAGCCUCCAGAGCCCCAUCACAGUGCAGUGGCGGGCACGUUCUGAAUCUGCCCAGAGCAAGAUGCUGAGUGGCAUUGGGGGCUUCGUGCUGGGGCUGAUCUUCCUCGGGCUGGGCCUUAUCAUACGUCACAGGAGCCAGAAGGGACCACGUGGGCCUCCGCCAGCAGGUACUAUUUCUGCUCUGAUCAGUGGGGGGUGUGGGGACAGGUAAAGAGAGAAGGGCUGAGGUGAGUGUACCUGGAUUCAAUGGUCUCAGUUCAUGGCCUAUUCUCUGCUACGGGGAUCAAGGUUAGGGGAGAAGUUUGCCCAGUUUCUGUAGGAAUCUCCUGAGGUUGUUCCCCAGAGCAAGGCCAUAACUUUGGUCGCAUCUUUCUGUG